AUGUUUAUAACUAAGCAGAGGCAGCAGCAGCAACUCAAGACUAACGAGUUCAGUAGCUGCAGCAGCAGCAGCAGCAGCAGCAGCAGCAGCAGCAACAGCAGCAACAUCAGCAAGAAAGCUGCGGCUCGCCCAGCUGAACGUCGUUGGCUCCCUCACCCGCCCGCAGCGCAGAGCAGCAAGAAGGUCUUCGGCUUUGCUGCAGGGGGAACACAGCAGCAACAACAGCAGCAACAUAUACUGCAGCAGCAGCAGCAGCAGAUACUGCAGCAGCAGCAGCAGCAGCAGCAAGUAGUGCAGCGAGGGAGCAUGCAGCAGCAAACGCAGCAGCAGAAACAAUUUUAA